AUGUCUGAACAGCAACAACCUCAUCUUUGCUUCCGAUCUUUCGUCGACGCCCUCAAGGAAGACGACGACCUUGUCGAGAUUGAUACCCCUGUCGAUCCGAAUCUCGAGGCUGCAGCCAUCACCCGACUCGUCUGCGAGACCAACGACAAGGCACCAUUGUUCAACAAUGUCAUCGGCACGCAGAACGGCCUCUUCCGCAUCCUGGGUGCCCCGGGUUCCCUGAGAAAGUCCUCCGCUGAUCGUUACGGCCGUCUCGCUCGCCACCUUGCCCUGCCUCCGACCGCAUCCAUGCGUGAAAUCCUUGACAAGAUGCUGUCUGCCAGCAGCAUGCCUCCCAUCCAGCCGACGAUCGUGACUACCGGGCCUUGCAAGGAGAACGUCCUUGAAGAGAGUCAAAUUGACCUGACCAAGCUACCUGCUCCGCUCAUUCAUCAAUCCGAUGGUGGUAAAUAUAUUCAGACCUACGGCAUGCAUAUUGUCCAGUCGCCCGAUGGAAAAUGGACCAACUGGUCCAUCGCUCGUGCCAUGGUGUACGACGAGAAACAUUUAACCGGCCUGGUGAUCCCGCCUCAGCACAUCUGGCAGAUCUACGAGAUGUGGAAGAAGAAAGGGCGAGACAUCCCCUGGACUCUGGCUUUUGGUGUCCCGCCCGCGGCCAUCAUGGCAUCCAGCAUGCCCAUUCCCGACGGCGUAACGGAGGCGGGAUACGUGGGCGCCAUGACCGGUUCUUCCCUGGAGCUGGUCAAGUGUGACACAAACGAUCUGUACGUUCCGGCCACGUCGGAAAUCGUCCUCGAGGGUACCUUGUCCAUCACCGAAAGUGUUCCCGAGGGCCCAUUCGGUGAAAUGCACGGCUAUGUGUUUCCUGGGGACGCGCAUGUUUGUCCCAAAUACAAGGUGAACCGCAUCACCUAUCGGAAUAACCCAAUCCUCCCUAUGUCGUCCUGCGGUCGAUUGGCCGAUGAAACGCACACGAUGAUCGGAUCCCUGGCCGCGGCUGAGAUUCGCAAAAUCUGCCAGCAGAACAACCUCCCCAUCACCGAUGCCUUCGCGCCCUUCGAAUCUCAAGUGACUUGGGUUGCGCUGCGAGUCGACACAGCCAAGCUGCGCAGUCUGAAGCUCACUUCCCUCGAAUUCCGCAAGAAGGUCGGAGACCUCGUUUUCAACCACAAGGCCGGAUACACCAUCCACCGACUCGUGUUGGUAGGCGACGACAUCGAUGUGUACGACGGCAAGGAUGUGAUGUGGGCAUUCUCCACGCGCUGUCGCCCUGGAAUGGACGAGACCUUGUACGAAGACGUCCGCGGCUUCCCGCUCGUGCCGUACAUGUCGCAUGGAAAUGGCCCCAAGGCGCAGGGAGGCAAGGUGGUUUCUGAUGCUCUGAUGCCUACGGAGUAUACCACCGGUCGGGACUGGGAGGCGGCCGACUUCAGGAGUUCCUACCCGGAUGAGCUCAAGCAAAGGGUGCAGAACAGCUGGGAGAAGAUGGGAUUUAGCAAGCUGCAGUAG